AUGGCUGAGAGCCUACUAGAGGCUUCCUGGCGACGCCGAGCGAAAGCGAUGACAGCCGCCGCGGGUUCGGCGGGCCGCGCCGCUGUGCCCUUGCUGCUGUGCGCGCUGCUGGCGCCCGGCGGCACGUACGUGCUCGACGACCUCGACGGGCUGGGCCGGGAGUUUGACGGCAUCGGCGCGGUCAGCGGUGGCGGGGCAACCUCCCGACUUCUAGUAAAUUACCGAGAGCCCUAUCGUUCUCAAAUAUUGGAUUAUCUCUUUAAGCCAAACUUUGGUGCCUCUUUGCAUAUUUUAAAAGUCGAAAUAGGUGGUGAUGGACAGACAACAGAUGGCACUGAGCCCUCCCACAUGCACUAUGCUCUAGAUGAGAACUAUUUCCGAGGAUAUGAGUGGUGGUUAAUGAAGGAAGCUAAGAAGAGGAACCCUAAUAUUACACUCGUGGGGUUGCCAUGGUCAUUCCCUGGAUGGCUGGGGAAAGGUUUCAACUGGCCUUAUGUAAAUAUUCAGCUGACUGCCUAUUAUGUUGUGGCCUGGAUUGUGGGUGCCAAGCAUUAUCAUAAUUUGGACAUUGAUUAUAUUGGGAUUUGGAAUGAGAGAACAUUUGACAUCAGUUAUAUCAAGAUGUUAAGAAAAAUGCUGAACCAUCAAGGUCUCGAGCAGGUGAAAAUCAUAGCAAGUGAUAAUCUCUGGGAGCCCAUUUCUGCUUCUAUGCUGCUUGACUCUCAACUCUUGAAGGUGAUUGAUGUUAUAGGGGCUCAUUAUCCUGGCACCUAUUCAGUAAGGGAUGCAAAGCUGACUGAGAAGAAACUUUGGUCUUCUGAAGAUUUUAGCACUUUGAAUAAUGACGUGGGUGCAGGCUGCUGGGGUCGCAUACUGAAUCAGAAUUAUAUCAAUGGCCACAUGACUGCCACAAUCGCUUGGAAUUUGGUGGCUAGUUACUAUGAACAGUUACCUUACGGGGGAUGUGGAUUGAUGACUGCUCAGGAGCCAUGGAGUGGGCACUAUGAAGUAGAACCUCCUAUCUGGAUAUCAGCUCAUACUACUCAAUUUACGCAACCAGGUUGGUAUUACCUGAAGACAGUUGGACAUUUAGAGAAAGGAGGAAGCUACGUAGCUCUGACUGAUGGUUUAGGCAACCUCACCAUCAUCAUUGAAACUAUGAGCCAUAAAUAUUCUAUGUGUAUACGACCCUUUCUUCCUUAUUUCAAUGUGUCACGACAAGUUGCUACCUUCACCCUUAAAGGAUCUUUUAGCCAAAUACCAGAGCUACAAGUGUGGUAUACCAAACUUGGAAAACCAUCUAAGAAAUUUCUUUUUAAACAACUGGAUCCUAUAUGGAUCCUUGACCUCAAUGGCCAUUUCACGCUGGAGCUGGAGGAGGAUGAGCUCUUCACACUCACCACCCUCACCACGGGUCAGAAGGGCAGCUACCCCUUAGGCCCCAAACUUGAGAGGUUCUCUAAAGGCUUGAUACUAAGUGGAAAAUUUAUUGUCUUCUGAACAGAUGACCCACCUUUUAGUGAAGCUCCGAAUUUUGCUGAUCAGACAGGUGUGUUUGAAUACUUUGUAAAUAGGGAUGACCCUGGAGAGCAUCACUUCACACUCCGCCAAGUUCUGAAUCAACGACCCAUUACUUGGGCUGCUGAUGCAUCCAACACCAUCAGUAUCAUAGGAGAUUACGAAAGGAGCAAUCUGACUAUAACAUGUGAUGUUUACAUAGAGACCCCUGACAGGGGAGGUGUGUUCAUUGCUGGAAGAGUAAAUAAAGGUGGGAUUUUGAUUAGAAGUGCCAGAGGAGUUUUUUUCUGGAUUUUUGCAAACGGAACCUACAGAGUUACAGGUGACAUAGCUGGAUGGUUCAUAUAUCAUUUAGGACAUGUUGAUGUUACUGCAAAAAAAUGGUAUACACUUAGUUUAACUAUUAAGGGUUCUUUCUGCUCUGGCAUGUUGAAUGGUAAACCUCUCUGGACAGACGUCCGUGUGAAUUUCCCGAAGAAUGGCUGGGCUGCGAUUGGCACUUACUCCUUUGAAUUUGCACAGUUUGACAACUUUCAAGUGGAAGCCCAAAGCUAAUUCUCACUGAGCAUCACAGAACACUCUUUGGAUUUUCUUCCCUUUUAUUUUUCUGCUUUUGGUUCAGAGCCAGUUCUUGUUUUGAUGGACCAAUAUGUGAGCCUUUUGGAGGCUAAAGAGAAUGAAGAGUAAAUAGGGAGAAAAGUAUAUUUUUUCUUAAGUCUCUGGAAGAUUUUACUAGAAAUAAUUCUGAAAAAUAGAUGAAUCUUCAGCAGUACCUGAUGUGUCCUCUAAAAUUCAAACGAUAUAUUGGGCCUGUCCUUAGAAGUGGUCUGGGUGGUUCAGACCUUGAAGCCUUGGUUUUAACGUUGAGGUUGCUCUCUUCAUCUUAUUUGCAAGUGAUCAUGCAGAUGUCGAUGACUUGAUCAUCACUGGGAUGUAUUUAUUAAUGCUGAGUGCCGACUGUGUGUCUCAGUGAGCUGAUGUGCCUGUCUUGAGAUAAUGCUGCCAUAAUAAGAAGCUGAAGAACACUGGAUGUGCUUUUUUUCUGAAAACCACUGCUACAUAUU